GCAGAUCUGAAAAGUCUCUUUCGUGAUCUCAGAGUUUCUGAUUCCGCACUACUUUACCAUAAAACAUGAACUUAUACCAACAAUGGCUAAACAUCCGACAGGAUAAGCUCAUUUCGGAAAAAUUGUCACAGAAAUGGAUACGUCAAAGAGAUCCAUAGAGAAGCGUAGUGAUGAUGAUCCGAAGGUUGCGUCCGCCAUCGAUGGCCUUCCUUCCAAAUUUUACCAAUACUUUGUGGUGGCUGGUCUUCGCGUCGAUCUCAUCCAACCUGGUCGCAUCGUCUGCUCUCUCAAACUCCCUGCUCGUUUGCUAAACCAGAAUAAUUCCUUGCACGGCGGAGCCUCGGCGUCACUCGUGGAUUGUAUUGGUGCCGCAGCGAUCAAGACUUUGGGCUCUACCACCACUGGAGUCUCCCUCGAUAUGAACCUCUCCUACUUCGAUACUGCUCAUCUUGGCGAGGAAAUCGAGAUUGACGGCAAGGUUUUGCGAAUGGGAGAGACCAUUGCAGUAGCCAAUGUUGAAUUGAGGAAGAAAAACACUGGUAAAAUUAUUGCUCAAGCUCGCCUCACCACAUACCUUGCCAUCUCAAGCAAGUUGUAGUUACAAAAUUUAUUGGCUUAAUAUAAUAGUCAUGUAAAUACUACAGAGCUUAAAGAAAAUUGACCUAAGAACCAAUAUCAUGUUUGUUUUCCACUGCUUCAAUGCAUUGUUCUUGCAUAUUACAUUUUGUAGCUUCAACUAAAACAAGUUCAAUGAUAAUAAUCAUUUCUAGUC